GCACAGGGAGGGGGAGCAGGGUCCCACGCUUCACCCCCCUCUGUUAGCCAUCGGGAACAAUAGUCCUCCUGCAAACAGAAGCUGCAUCGUGAUAACCCGGGAGGUCUGAGGCAUCCGGAGAGGCAGGAAGGAGCCCAGCAGAAGGAAAUAUUAAAUACAGCAAUAUAAACACGGCGGCGGGAGCGAGCUCCACCCCGGCGCGGCCCCGUUGAAAGGGGCUGCCGUGGGGUGGGGUGCGCAGAGCAUCGGUGGGAUGGAGAAGAGCAGCUACGCCAUGGCCAAGUUUGGUCUGGAAGCCAAGGAAGCGAUGCCCAAGCGGGACUGUGGUUUUUAUGUGAAGUAUAUCUUCCUCUUCACCUCCCUCAUCCAAUUCCUCAUCAUCCUGGGGCUGGUGCUGUUCAUGGUGUACGGCAACGCGCAGGCGGGCACCGACACGCACCUUCGGCUGCUGGAGGAGCAGCUGCAGGAUCGCUACAACAAGAUCAUCACCCUCAGCGGGAGGAACAUGAACCUGACGCGCACCCUCAAUGCCACCCUCAAGGAGAAGCAAGGGCUGCAGGUCCUCGCCCAGAAGGUGCAACGGGACCUGGAUAAGUGCAAUAGCACCCAGGGUUCCAACCCCAUCCCCAAGCUGCAGGAGAUGAUGAAGAUCAUCUUCUACCAGAAGAUAAAGCUGGACGAGUGCCACAUGACCAUCAGCGUCAUCAAUGCCAGCUGCAGUGCCGACAAGGCGCUGCUGCGGAACCAGCUGGACCAGACAGCCCUGGCCAAGAAGGAGCUAGAGGAAAACUGCCGCAAAGCAGGUGCCACGCUGACCAAAGCCACCCAGGAGCAGGAGAGCUGCCAGCGGGACCUGCUCAACACCAGGAUCACCUGCGAGCCCGCCAAAUCCAACCUGGAACUGCUGAAGCACGAGUGCAGAUCCUUGAGGUCCGACAUGAACUACUUCUUCCAGCGCAUCAAGGGCUUGGCCGUCCCCAGCUGCAACGAAGUCAACGACCAGGUCACCUGGUUGACGCAGCAGACGGAGGGGCUUUUCCUCUGGCAGCAGGAACGGGAGACCAAAUACAUGGGGAAAAGCGUCUGCGACAUGAACAUGCUCCAGUGUCACAUGAACUGCUCCAGGGAGAAGCAGGACUUGGACAAGCGGCUGCAGGACGCUGAGAAACAGGUCAAGGGCAACCAGGAGGAAAAGAAGAAGCUGCUGGUGGAGAAGGAGCAGCUCAGCAAGGAGCUGGAGGAGAAGAGCAAAGCUGCCGCGCAGGCUGGGUACUUCAAGGAGCAGCUCAACAUCUGCAUGGGCUCCAAGAUGGACACCUUCUUCGACAUCACGGGCUCACGGGUGCUGGGCAGCAGUGGGCGGCUGGGACCCUUUGCCAGCACCGGCUCCUACGUGGAUGCUCUGAGGAACCAGGGCAUCUUCGGGAAUAUGGGCAAAAUCAAUGUGGAGGAGAUCCAGCGGACGGUGCAGAAGAUCGUGGAGCAGUACACGUCCACCCUGAAGAACACCAGCGGCUAACGGCCGAGCGGUGUACGGAAAACGGCGGCGAGGGGCUCGAGGACAAGCCCAGGAGGUGCUUCCCACGGCAUGGAUGGCAAAAUCCGACCGGGAGCGAGUGGCCGGCACCACCGCCAUCCUCCCCCUGCCCCUGGGGGGGGCCACCAGCAUGGCAGGAGCCAGAGCCAACCUCCCGUCCCCUUCCCCGAGCCCCCAUGUUCGUCCUCUCCCACACGCUCGCCUCCCCUGCGCAUGUACCCGUAUGCUUGGAGACGGGGCGGCC